GGCCCAGCUCCCCGCGCCCUCCCCGGUAACGGCCCCCCUCCAGUGCUCGAAACCUGCGGUGCUGACGGGCGGCUCACUCGGCCUCCCUGUCUGCAAGCCUUCCUCCUAGAGGUCUGUGCCUCCUUGCGAGCCAUGGGGGACCAGCCGCCCUACCCUGAGUCCCUUCCCCAGCAGACCCCGAGCCGGAGGAGUUCUCAGGCCUCUGAGAGGCGGCGCAGUCGGGGCCAAGCUCAGCCCCUGGCAGCCGACCCCGAGGAGGGGCGGCAGAUGCCUCCAGACGCCCAGCACAACGCCCCGGGCUGGUCACAGAGGCGCAGCCUUUCCCAACAGGAGAGCUUCCCGAUGCCCCAGGCCUUCCAGGCUGAGGAAGCCCGGCUGGGUGGCACCGAGUACCCAUCCGUGAACUUGGGCUUUCCCUCAGAGUUCCAGCCCCAGCCUUACCCAGACGAAAGCAGGAGCCAGGCUGCCCAGGGCACCACCAGCCUAAUACUGCAGCGGUUCCAGCCGGGCCAAGGCGGCCUGUUCCAGCAACUGGACCCCGCCUUCCAGGAGCCCCCGGUCAGCCCCUUGGACCAGUUCAACCUCUACCCGACAGACCAGAUCUACGAAAGUGCCCAGCAUGGGCCCUACAGAAGAGACGACCCUGCCCUUCAGUUAUCGGGCUCUGAGCUGGGCUUCCCGCAAUACAGCGCGGAAGUGCCGGAGCCAGAGCCGCUGGAGCUGGCCGUGCAGAACGCCAAGGCCUACCUGCUGCAGACCAGCAUCAACUGCGACCUCAGCCUGUAUGAGCACCUGGUGAACCUGCUGACCAAGAUCCUGAACCAGCGGCCCGAGGACCCCUUGUCAGUCCUGGAGUCGCUGAACCGCACCACGCAGUGGGAGUGGUUCCACCCCAAGCUGGACACGCUGCGGGACGACCCAGAGAUGCAGCCCACCUACGAGAUGGCAGAGAAGCAGAAGGCGCUGUUCACCCGGGGUGGAGGCAGCGCCGAAGGCGAACAGGAGAUGGAGGAGGAGGUGGGAGAGACGCCAGUGCCCAACAUCAUGGAGACUGCCUUCUACUUCGAGCAGGCUGGCGUGGGCCUGAGCACCGACGAGAGCUUCCGCAUUUUCCUGGCCCUGAAGCAGCUGGUGGAGCAGCAGCCCAUCCACACCUGUCGCUUCUGGGGCAAGAUCCUGGGAAUCAACCGCAGCUACCUGGUGGCUGAGGUGGAAUUCCGGGAGGGCGAGGAAGAGGUGGAGGAGGAGGAGGUUGAGGAGGUGAUGGAGGGCGCCGAGAUCCUGGAGGCGCACGGUGAGGAGGAGGGCGAGGAGGACGAGGAGAAGGCCGUGGACUUCAUCCCUAAGCCCACGUGGAAGCCGCCACCUGUGAUCCCCAAGGAGGAGAGCCGCUCCGGCGCCAACAAGUAUCUAUACUUUGUGUGCAACGAGCCGGGCCUGCCGUGGACGCGCCUGCCCCACGUCACACCGGCCCAGAUCGUCAGUGCCCGAAAGAUCAAGAAGUUCUUCACAGGCUACCUGGACGCACCGGUUGUCAGCUACCCACCCUUCCCCGGCAACGAGGCCAACUACCUUCGGGCCCAGAUCGCCCGCAUAUCGGCCGGCACUCAGAUCAGCCCGCUAGGCUUCUACCAGUUUAGCGAGGAGGAGGGCGAUGAGGAGGAGGAAGGUGGUGCUGGGCGCGACUCCUACGAGGAGAACCCCGACUUCGAGGGCAUCCCCGUGCUGGAGCUGAUCGACUCCAUGGCCAACUGGGUGCAUCACACACAGCACAUCCUGCCGCAGGGCCGCUGCACUUGGGUGAACCCUUCCCAGAAGACAGAGGAGGAGGAGGACCUGGGAGAGGAGGAAGAGAAGGCGGAUGAGGGACCGGAGGAGGUGGAGCAGGAGGUGGGCCCCCCACUGCUAACACCACUUUCAGAAGAUGCAGAAAUCAUGCACCUGUCACCCUGGACCACGCGCGUGUCCUGCAGCCUCUGCCCACAGUACUCCGUGGCUGUCGUGCGCUCCAACCUCUGGCCCGGGGCCUUUGCCUAUGCCAGCGGCAAAAAGUUUGAGAACAUCUACAUCGGCUGGGGUCACAAGUACAGCCCUGAGAACUUCAACCCGGCCCUGCCAGCCCCCAUUCAGCAAGAGUACCCCAGCGGCCCAGCGAUCAUGGAGAUGAGUGACCCCACAGUGGAAGAGGAGCAGGCCUUGAAAGCAGCUCAGGAGCAAGUCCUGGCAGCCACAGAGGAGGAGGAGGAGGGCGAGGAAGAGGAGGAGGGCGAGGACACAGAUGACUGAGGCCUUCGAUAUAGCCACUUUCCCCCAGCAGGUAGAUAGCAGAUUUCCCCUUGUCAGUAGUUAGUAUGGAUUAUAUUUUGACUGUCUGCUUCCUGUCCCCAGAGGGCAGGGACAGAAAAGGAAGGCAAUUGCCUCAAAUAAAAUUCCUCCAUGGCAUU